AUGUGCGAGCGGCAGGCCAUGGGAAUCGGGAAACGGGUAACGGGUAACGGGAGUCGUGAUUCGGCUAUAUAUCGUCAGAUAUAUCGUAAGAUAUAUCGCAUACCUACACACAAAUCUAAUAAUCUGUUGUUCUUUCUCCCCCACUGGUCGUACAGGACAAUGGAGCAGCAGCCGUAUGUCAAGAGCCUCGGACACUUGCAAUCCCAUCAGCAACAGCAGCAGCAGCACCAGCAACAGCAACAACAACAGCAGCAGCAGCAGCAGCAGCAAAUGCAUCACCACCACCACCAGCAGCAGCACCAUCAACAGCAUCAGCAACAACAACAACAGCAGCAGCAGCAGCAACAGCAGCAGCAACAGCAGCAGCAACAGCAACAGCAGCAACAGCAGCAGCAGCAGCAGUCGUCGAGGUCGGCAGCUAGUCCGCUGUCGCCUCCGCGUCCUGGACCGGGCAGCGCGGCGGCAGCAGCUGCGGCGAAUAGCUACGCCAAGUUUGCGGAUGCGCCGCAACAUUUUAUACAGCCACCGGCGUACAGCAUUGGGAUUGCGCCGGUGGCCAACUAUCAUCGGGAGAGUCCAUAUAUGCGGAUACCUCAGCUGCAGGCGUCGGUGCCGGAGAUUCAGCGGGCGGCGCGUGCAGCGACGGUGGCCGCCGCCGCUGCUGCCGUUGGCGGUGGCAAAGGCGGCCCGGGCAGCAGCAGCGGCGGCGGCGGCGGCAGCAUUGGCGUUGUCGCCUCAACCGCCGGCCCAGGCAGUAGCAGCGGCGGCGGCGUCCUCCAAGUGGCCGGCAGCAUGGCACCGCCAGGCGCCCAGCCCGGCGGCGUUCUCGUCAUGGAGGCCAUGUCGCAUUACCAGUCGCUGCAUUACAACAACGAAUACCUGACCAAUGCCGCAGCCUUGGCAGCGGCUGGACAGCGCCAGCAGCAACAGCAGCAGCAGCAGCAACAACAGCAGCAACAUCCGUCGCUGUCUGAGCCGCCGGGCAGCGUGGGUCAGCCCUAUAAGAAGCAGCGCCUGAGCGACGCCAAUGUCAGCAACAUGAAUCACCUGCCACACCAGCAACAGCAGCAGCAGCAGCAGCAGCAACGCUCCUCGCCAGCUCAGCAACACAACAGUAGGCAGAGCAAUCAUGAGGCGGAGCAGUCGCGGCGCGUGUUGCACAUGCCCGAUGGCUCAGUGCUGACGCCGCUGGCCAUGCAGCAGCUCAAGAUGGAAUCGCUGCCACAGCUGCAGCAGCAGCUGCAACAGCUGACGUCGCAGGUGCAUGCGGCACGUGGCAUGGUGCCGCCGCCAACGGUGUCAGCAUCCAAUGCGCAGCUGAUCAGCUUCUCCACCAGCAGCAGCAACAGCAGCAGCAACAACAAUAACAACAGCAGCAGCAGCAGCAACAGCAGCAGCAGCGCCCAAGCUUCAGUAGCAGCAGCUGCAGCAGCGGCGGCAGCAGCAGCCGCAGCAAGUAGCACAGAAGCAUACCAUCCACAGGUGGAGGCCAUUUCACCAACGCUGCCCAGCGACAAUGCGGAGGAGCGUGGACGCAGCAGCGCCAAGGAGGAUCUGCUAUUGCAAAUCCAGCGCGUUGACAAUGAAAUCGAGUAUGCCGAAACGGCAAUGGUAACGCUGCGCAAGAAGGAGAAGGCGCUGCUGGACGAGGCGGCGGCGGCGGCGGCGACGGUUAAGCAGCAGAAGGCGGCCGCCGAGCAGGCGGCAGCUGAGAGCGGCAAUGAGCGGUAUAUGGAGCUGGGCUGGCGCACGCAGCUGCUGGCCCAGCGCGUAUACGAGGCGAACCGCAAGACGGCCGCCGCACAACAUUCCGCGGUGAGCGAGGCGGGCGGCGUGAAGAGCAUGACACGCCCCUGGCUGCCGCUGUACAAUCAGCCGCUGGACGUGGAGGCGCUGUCGCAGCUGAUCAAACGGCAUCAGACAUUGGUGCGGGCGCCGCUGCUCGUGCACAUACGCAAGAUGAAGGCCGACCGCUGGGAGUACAACCAGGGCCUGGUGGAGAAGUAUGCCAAGGAUCAGGCCGACUGGCAGCGCCGCUGCGAACGGGCCGAGGGCAGCGCGAAGCGCAAGGCGCGCGAGGCCAAGAAUCGCGAGUUCUUCGAGAAGGUGUUCACGGAGCUGCGCAAGCAGCGCGAGGACAAGGAGCGCUUCAAUCGUGUCGGCUCGCGCAUCAAGUCCGAGGCGGACCUCGAGGAGAUCAUGGACGGGCUGCAGGAGCAGGCACUCGAGGACAAGAAGAUGCGCUCCUAUGCCGUGAUACCGCCCCUGAUGCACGAUGCCCGGCAGCGUCGCUGCGCCUACCACAACGAGAACGGGCGCAUCGAGAACAUGAUUGUCGUCCAUGAGGAGCGCAAGGCACUCAAUCUGUGGACGGCCGGCGAGAAGGAGACGUUCAAGGAGAAGUAUCUGCAGCAUCCGAAGAACUUUGGCAUGAUCGCCGCCAGCCUCGAUCGCAAGUCGCCGCAGGAUUGCGUACGCUAUUACUACCUCAGCAAGAAGACGGAGAACUACAAGCAGCUGCUGCGCAAAUCCCGCCAACGCACACGCAGCAGCCGGAAUCCGGCCAAGGCGCAGGCCCAGCUGCCGCAGUGCAUCAUCGAUUCGCUGACCACGGGCGUCACGACGCGCCUGCAGCGCGAACAGCAACAAAAGUCCGGCAAUCGCUCCAGCGCCGUGGCGGAACGCGAACGGGCCGAGCGUGCCGCCGAACGGGAACGCGUCGCCGAGAAGGCAGCCGCUGAUGCCGCCAAGGCGGCCGAGUGUGCCGCCGAGAAGGCGAGUGCCGUUAGCAAAGCUGCCGAAGCGGCGGCGGGCAGCGAAAAGGUGGCCAAAAAUGCAGCAGCCGCCGCAGCAGCAGCAGCAGCGACGGCAGCGUCAGCGUCAGCAGCAACAACAACAACUGCGGACAAAGCGGAUGCAGGCAAGACGCAAGCUGGAGCGAAUAAGAAUGCAACAGCAGCAGCAGCAGCAGCAGCAGCUAAAACGGAGAUCUCAACGGGUAGCAGCAGCGACGCCAAAGCCAAAACCGCUGAGGAGGAAGCGCCAGCAACAGCAACAGCAGCAGGAGCAGCAGCAGCAACAGGAACAACAGCAGCAGCAGCAGCAGCAGCAACAGGAGCAACGGCAACAACAGCCGCAACAAGUGCGUCGGCAAAUGUUGCUGGCGAGGCAGCUGCAGCAACUGCUGCUGGUGCGACUGUUGCUGCCAUUGCGAUUGCUGCUGCGCUCACGUCCAAGGCAUCCAAGUCCCAGCCAGGCGAUGGCAAGGCAGUGAAGGCAGCGGAGCAGCCGGUCGAGACGGAUGAGCAGCUGGCCGGCAAGAGCAAAGCAACGGCAGCCGAUGGCUACAGUGCAACUGGUGCRACAUCUGGCAAUGCGACGGCAACGGCAACGGCAACGCCAGCGGUUAGCGUGGCCAUCAAUGGCUUUAAGCCUGGCUAUCAGAGCGUCGUCAUGGCCAACGUGAAGGCGCCCGCGCCCCCCGCUGGCAUCGAUGAUGCUGCAACGGGCGCUGCUGCAACGGCAGCCGCUGCAACCUCGACAAAUGCAACUGGCGAUAAAAUCGUAAAGACGACGUCGACUGCAGCGACAGCAGCAGCAGCAGCAGCAGCAUCGGCAGCAUCAGCAUCAGCGGCUGCUGCUGGCUUUGCUGUGCCCAAUGCGGCAGCUGGAGCCACGGAGCCGGUGAGCGGCGUGCAAACGCUUACCACGGCCACCACGGCCGGCAACUAUUUGGGCCAGAAGCUGAAGGCGGCCCAAGUGGAGGGACUUGGUGCCGGCAAUGAGCUGCAUGCCGACGUUAGCGAUGCCAAGAAGAAACGCUUUGAGCUGGCGCCUGGCGAGUCCAACGUUAACAACAAUAAUAACAACAACAACAACAAUAACAGUAGCAACAACAACAACAGCAACAUCAAACUGAACGCCAGCGAUGCGUCCAAUCAAAUCUCGUCCAUUGGCAAAGGCGCCGGCUCCGGCUUGGCGCCCGCCUCCUCGUCCUCAUCCUCGUCGUCGUCGACCUCAUCGACGAUGUUCAUUAGCGCCGCAUCGCUGAUAUCGACAGCAUCGUCGCCGUUGACGACGGCAACGGGAACCGCAACCGGAACCGGAACUGGAACUGGAGCCGGAACGAGGCCAGCGACAACGUCAACAUCUACGCCAAUGGUCACAGAUCGAGCGGGCAAUUUGUUGAACACCUCCGAGGUUCUGGCAUUGGAUGCCAAAGAUAAACUGGCAAGCUGUUUUGUUUGCAAGACGGAGGCCUGCCUGCGCACUCGCCCAUUGAAGAAGGGGCGUGGCCAGCAAUAUGCAAUCCCAGACGAGACGAUACCAGCGGGCGCACGCGUCUGCAACAGCUGCCAAUGCAAAUCGGUGCGCAAUCGCUAUCCCAACUGUCCGCUGCCCACGUGCCCCAAUCCCAAGGAUCGGGCGCAGCGCCUGCGGAACAUACCCACACGGCUGUUCGAGCUGGCGCCGGAGCUGCGGGAUCCGCUGAUGGCCGAGUUCCAGAUCAAGCUGCAUGCCACACGCUGCUGUUCCGCCUGCCUGAUGCGCAUACGGCGCAAGCUCGAUCCGCUCCUGAAUCUCACCGAUGAGGAGCGACGUCGCGGCGGCGUUGGCAGCGGCGAUGCCAGCGCUGGCGAUGAGACCGAUGUGAGCACUUCGUCCUGUGAUGAGCGCGAGCCAGGCGGCUCGGACACCGCCUCCGUGGAGAGUCCCGAGUAUCUGCAGCGGCACAAGUCGCAGCUGAACAAGCAGCAGCAGCAGCAGCAACAACAACAGCAACAGCAACAACAGCAGCAGCAGCUGCCACAGCCGCCGCCAGUACCACAAAAGCCGCAACAGCAACAGCAACAACAACAACCAGCAGGAGCUGCCAAUGUGCGCAGCGUGGCAGACGCAUCCGGCGCCGCUUUAACCAUUACGCCCACUCGCAUGUCCGCCAAGGCAGCCGCAGCAGCAGCAGCUGUUGGUGGCAACGACAGCGAACGCCUGCUGCCGCCAGCAUGCCAAGCACCGAAGAAGCAGAAGACCAGCGAGGAGUACGACUCCUCGGCGACAGAGACGGCGGACGAGGAGAAUGAGAAUUCGCCAGCGAAUCGACAGAGCCCCAAAGUGAUCUUCAAUGCGGUCUCGCAUGCGCAUGCCCAUCCAGCCCAUGGGCAUGGCCAUGGGCACGGCAAUAACAAUGUGGCCGGGCUGCAGCCGCCGAAUGCCGCAUCAGCAGCAGCUGUUGCUCUCACUGCACAGCAACAACAGCAGCAGCAGCAGCAGCAGCCGAAUGGACCGAUGAGCCAGCGUCGUGAGCCAGUCAAUGUGCAGGAUUGUGUGUUCUCUGUAAUUGAGCGACAGCUGAAGCAGCAGGCCAAGGGGCCGCAGCUGCCAGGCAACAAUCAGGGCAAGCAAGUCAGCCAGCAGCAGCAGCAGCAGCAGCAGCAGCAGCAGCAACAGCAACAGCAGCAGCAGCAGCAGGCGCACAAUAAUUUGGAUCGCAAGGAACUGACAAUAGUGCGUGAAUAUCGACAAGAUGGCAAUGCCUUGCUUAAGCAACAGCAACAACAGCAGCAGCAACAAUUGCAGCAGCAGCAGCAGCAGCAGCAACAGCCAGCGGGCUUGCCGCAUGGCACCUCUGUGCAAAAGUUGAGCUCGCGUCCUGGGCCGCCCUCGAACUCGGUGAACAGCAGUGGCAGCAGUAGCGGCAACAGCAGCAGCAACAACAAUGCCAGCAGCAACAACAGCAACAGCAACAACAGCAGCAACAUGUCGAGCGGCGUGGACAAGGCCACGAUUACGCCGGUGUUGAAGAAGAGCGCCAUUACGCCGACGCCCCCAGACACGAUAAUCUACAAUGUGUCUGGCAGCCACUUGGCCGCCCAGCACCAGCAGCAGCCGCCGGCGCAGUCAGCACCACCGCCCACGCAUACGGUGCACGCGCCACCGGUGCAGCAGCGCUUGCCGCCGGAGCCGGAGCCGCAGACGCUGGACCUGAGCAUCAAGAAGACGCCGCGCGAGGGCCACUCGCCGCACACGCAUCCGCAUGCGCACAGCUCGGUGGCGAGCACUGUGGAGCGGCACCAUGGCCCGCCGCCGCCAAGCAUGGGCGGUGCGAUGAAGCAUAUUGUGCGCACCUCGUCCAUGUACCGGGGCGAUGCCUCGAUGCCCAGUUUGUCGGUGUCGGGUGCUCCGCCGCCCGCCUCCAGCUAUUUGACCUACCAGCAGCUGCACGGCGUGGGCGUGGGUGUGGGCGUGGUGAAGACAGCGCCUGGACCGGCACAGCCGGGCUCGCUGUAUGUCCAACCCGUACCUGUACCCAUUGGCCAAGGCCAGAUGACGCGCCCAACGCCGCCGCCGCCCGCCCAGCCGCAGCCACCGCCGACGCGCGUCUCCAAGCUGCCGCCCAAGCUCAGUCCGCAGCAGCAGCAGCAGCACUUGCACAGCCAGAUGCCAUCGCCGCAGCAACAGCAGCAGCAGCAGCAGCAGUCGAGUGCCCAACAACAGCAGCAGCAGCAGCAACAGUUGCAGCUAGUCAAAGGCGGCUCCAUAACCCACGGCACGCCCGCCAACACCUCGCAGCAGCAGCAACAGCAACAACAGCAGCAGCAGCAACAGCAGCAAAUCAUUGUCCAUGCCGCGCCCUCGUCGCUGCCCAGUCCCAAGUACGAGAGCCUGGUGCGUCAGACGCCGCCUGGCAGCUGCCCGGAUACGGGCAAGCAUGGCUCGAUUACGCAGGGCACGCCGCUCCAUCUGCCGCCCCACCACUUGGACAGCAAGCGGGCGUACGACUUCUACAAGAACUCGCAGCGCUUGAGUCCCGCCCAGGCGCCGCCGCCGCCGCAGCAGUCGUCGCCGCAGGCGCCGCCGCCUCAAGGUUACGGCGUGGGCGUUACCGUCGGAUCGCCCUACUCGCGCUCGCCGUACAGCGCGGUCGAGCAGGCCUCGGCGCUCAGCUCGAGGCAGAUCGUGAUCAACGACUACCACACGUCGCAGCAGAUGCAGGGCCAGCAGCAGCGCAAUGUCUCCCGCGGCAGCAGCAGCGCCGGCGGUGGCGCCGGCUCCGGCUCCGACAAGGAGUCGCCAUCGCCACGCAACAGCAUCAGCGGCAGCUCAGCUGUCUAUCCGGGCUAUGAAAAGGAGCCGCAGCCUCGCGGACGACCCGAAUAUUCCAGUCGCGCCUCACCGGCCGAUCAUUCCAAUAGCACACCCAGUCCGCACCGCACUCCGCCGCCCCAGCGCCAGGGCGUCAUUCAGCGCCACAACACCGGCUCGAAGCCGCCUUCGCCUGCUGCGCCGCCCCCGAGUCGCAUGCACAUUGUCACGCCCUACAAUUUUCCACCAGCUGGCCACGAUGCCUUGGCCUCGUUUGUGGACGUGGCCGUACAGCAGCCGCAGCUGCCGGUGCCGUCGCAGAAGGAUGACAAAUUGGCAGUGCCGCAACCGGCGCCACAGCCACAGCCGCCGCCAUCGACGCACGGCCAGAUAAUAACGCAUGCGCAGGUGGCUUCCGGCCAGGCGGUGCCGCCAGCUGCACACCAUGAUCUGCGCUACCGCACCGACUCGCUGGCGAGCUAUCAUAUGGCAGCCGCGGUGCAGCAGCAGCUGGUCCAGCAGCAGUACAGGCUGAACUCGGCCGCCGCCUACGAGAUGCAGCGCCGCAUGGAGCAGGUGAAGCGAGACCAGCGCCAGAUCAAUCACAUUGAGCGGGAGCGCGAGAUACAACGGCAGCGCGACCAAGAGCGUCAGCGACGCGAGCAGGAGCGCCGCGAACAGGAGCGUGCUGCCGAGGAGCGAGAGCGGGACAGCCGGCGCAUGGAGCGCAUGCUGGCCGCUGCCGUUGCGCCACCGCCAGGCCAUCCGCAUGGCCACGCCCACAGUAGUCACAGCCACUACAUACGUGGCACGGUGCCCGAGACCGGGCCACCGCGCACCAUACCUGAUCGAGAGCGAGAUGCCUACUACCGACAGGCACACGGCAGUAAGCCGCCGGAAGAUGCCGGGCAGUUUAGCGCCCAGGCCCUGAUUGAUGCCAUCAUCAAGCACGAGAUCAAUCGCACUGGCGAGCUCAGCAGCCUGCCCCGCGACAUUCCGCGUCCCACCUACUAUCAGCGCGACUUGCGGCCGUCACACGAGGGCGCUGCCGUCUCGCUCAUGGCCGCCGAGAACAAUGGCAAGGCGAACUCCAGUUCGCCCAAUGUCAACAGCAUCGAUCUGGAGCAGGAGCAACGUCCAUCACAACAGCAGCAGCAGCAGCAGCAACAACAGCAGCAACAACAGCAGCAACAGCAACAGCAGCAGCAACAGCAGCAACAGCAGCAGCAUCAGCAGCAGCAACAGCAGCAGCAAUCGCAGUCCAGCUCGGAGCGCUCUGUGCACGGUUCGCUGCGUGGCCAGGGGGCGCCGCCCUCGCAUCAUGGCACGCCCAUUUCGCAGGCGGGCAGCGGUCCGACGGCACAGCAGCAGAUCUACACGAAGAAAAUCACGUUCGGCGAGCUGACUGACUCGAUAAUUACGAACGAUUACGGGCCGACUCCGCACAUGCGCACCUUCCUGCCCUAUCUGCCGGAGACGCAGGCCAUCGUGACGCCCGAUCGCUGGAAGCAGAAUCGCCGGCAGCAGCAGAAAGCCGAGGAGGCAGCCGCUGCGGCAGCGGCCGCCGAGCGGGCCAAGCAGUCGCCGAUCAAUGUCGUUGGCGGCGGCGUUGGCAGCGUGCGCAGCGUUGGCGGCAGCAGCAGCGACGGCGGCAGCAGCAGCAGCAGCGGCAUCGGCAGCAACAGCAGCACCAGCAGCGGCGGUCGCGCCAAUACGCCUGGCGAGGAUGCGCGCAACAUCAUUCGCAUGCCCCAGGCGAUCAGUCCGCGCAAGUACGCCCACGACCUGAUCAUGCAGCAGGCCGCCGUUGCUGUUGGCGCCGAUCCGGCGCACUACUUCCUCUCUGCACCGCCCGGCGCUGUGGUUGGGCGCAGCAGUGGAGGCGGUGGUGUUGUUGUCCCGCCACCUCCAACGAGUGGCGGUGGCGGCGGCGGCGGCGGCGGCGAGCCACGCAGCAUUAGCGAACCGCGCGGCGGCAGCGAACAGCGCAGCAGUAGCGGCGGCGGAGGCAGCGGCUCGGGCGCCAACUUCGACAACUAUGUGAAGAAUCGCAUUGUGGAGGCAAUGCGUGAUGAUUCCGGCUACGUCCAGGUGCCGCACAUGACACACGCCCAUGCCGUCGCCGUGGCGGCCCACAAUGAACAGCAGCAGCAGCAGCAACAGCAGCAGCAACAGCAGCAUAGGAGUAAGGAGCCAGAGAUCAGCGUUUCAAGGAAGACACCCAACCAGUACGAGGUGGUGGACAGCGGCAGGCGCUCGGCAAGCAGCUCGAGCGGCGGCUCGAACAGCCAUCAUGCGUCCGCCUAUCAUGCGGCACCGCCGCCGCCGCCGUCGGCGGUGAAUGCGUUUGCGGCGAGCACCUAUGCGUAUCCCUUCAGUGCGCUGACUGUGCCGAGCGCUGCUGGGGCUCUGCCACCGCCGACGGUGCUGCCGCUGGCCCAUCAGUCAGCACCGCCGAGCCAUUUGAACGUCAAGGCAGCGGCGCAUGCGCUGAGCGAAGCGAGCGCCGCAGCAGCAGCGGGCGUCAGCUUAGUCGUUGGAGGUGGCGGCAGCGCCAGCGGCGGCUGCUCAAAUGCCGGCGUGAACCCCGCCUCUAGCGUCGGCGGCGGCGGUGGCAGCGGUGGUCCGCUGAACAGCAGCGUGUUGGCCGUCGCAGCGGCUGCCGCAGCAGCAGCAGCUGCUGCCAGCGAGCCAAAGCCUCUGCUCUCAUCGAAGUACGAAGCGCUCAGCGACGAAGAUUAGUUGUGACUGCAGGCGUCGUCGUCCGGCAUGCGCAGUCUGACG